AUGGCGCGGUGGUUGUCAUUCUUUGCAGAAUACAACUUUACGGUCGAGUACAAACCAGGACGACUUAAUGUCGUCGCUGAUGCACUCUCACGUCGUCCCGACUUUGAAACAGUCGCGAAACCCAACAGUGAGACAGUCACUGUUGCGGUUAUGACGUCCUCAGUUCCAUCUACAACGUUGUAUGAUGAUGUGAGGCGGGCAUACGCCCAAGAUGCCGUUUCUGGUGACACACCACGUGUUGUCAUUCCAGAUGAUACUGAUCUGCGUUUGCGGAUCAUGUUCGAGUAUCACGAUGCUCCUAUAGGAGGACAUCGUGGCCGAGAGAAAACAUAUCUCACGGUAAGUCGAGACUUUUACUGGCCCCGCCAGUAUCAGUUUGUGCGAAAGUAUGUUCGCGCAUGCGAAGUCUGCCAACGAGUGAAGUCAAGUCCUUCACUGCGUGCACCUUUACAGCCUCUACCGGUUCCGGCUGAGUGCUGGGAAUCCAUCUCAAUGGAUUUCGUCUUCGGGUUACCCAAAGACGCACGCGGGAAUACGGGUAUUCUCGUAUUUGUUGACAGAUUCAGCAAAAUGGUACACCUUGUGGCUGUACCAGAGACAAUCACGGCAAGUGGCUGUGCUUGUGUCUUUAUUGACACCAUCUUCCGACUUCAUGGGUUGCCCCGUGAACUCGUAUCAGACAGAGAUCCACGAUUCACUGCUGAUUUCUGGCGUUCCGUGUUCAAAUCACUCGGAACGCGCUUGAAGAUGUCAACAUCUGAUCAUCCAGAGUCAGAUGGUCAGACGGAACGUGCCAAUCGUGUCCUUGAAGAGAUACUUCGAGGAUACGUACACUCCUUUAAGAGUUGGAGUGAGUUUUUGCCGAUGGUAGAGUUUGCCAUCAACAACUCGGUGCAUGCGUCCACGACACAUACACCGUUUUACGUGAAUGGCUUGCGCCAUCCGCGUGUACCCACCUUACUAGAGUGUAACUCUGGUUUACGGGGGAGGGACUCGCGCGAGCAAAAACCGAUUUGGUUCACGCUCAUCACGCUCUGA